CCUCAUUACGGUCCUGUUUACUAUUUUCUGAAUUUCGAGCUGCCAAAUAAUUUUUGAUAUGGUUGGCUCGAUAUGAUAUUUCUCCAAAAUUUGAAUAGUUUGAGGAAGUAAAUCAAUAAUAUUAGUGACAAACAUAGAGAGUAUAUUACUCCGUGGUUAAAAAAGAGGUCAUUGCCAUUGAUUCUGUAUCCUUUCAUUCAUUUUAAGUCAAGGAAACGCCACUGGUGACUUAGGGAUGUCGGUAAAGAGGUUAUGGGAGUAGCAGGAGGAGUUAAUUAUUUGUUAUUUAUGGUGCUGUUUUUUGAAAUCAAUGUUUUUUGAGUAUGGCUGAAGAGUUAUUAGUAGUUUUAAAACGGAGUGAACAAUCUGGACUUGGUUUUUCGCUACUUGGACAGCCAGGAUUACCCCCAAUAAUCUACAAAAUUACGAAGGAUUCUCCAGCUGCAGAGAGCGGUGAGGUUGAGGUAGGCGAUGUUAUCCUUAAAGUCAAUGAAAUAGAUGUGAAUAGAUUGAGUACAAAAGAAGUGUUAAAAUGCCUUCGAUUGUCGGAAGAUCCAGUUAAGCUGAAAAUAAAACGUGAUCCUAAUAUCAAAGCUUCAGUUCAAAGCCGUGUACUAACAAAAAGCGAUGAAUCAGAGAGUAAUUGCACAUCAAAAAACAAAAAAUUUAGUCCCAAUCGCCCUCAGCCCACUGUUCAUCAAACCCACCACUUGAACAAAAGUAUACCAGAGAAAGAGCCUCUACUUAUGAACCAUGGAGAUCAUGACCGAUUACAGUGGCAACCCCUUUCCAACCAGGAGUGUGUCAAAAAGCCUCAGCCUAAAUUUGAGGCAUAUAUGAUGACUGGAGAGAAAAUCCUUAAUAUAUCUAAAAUACCACAAUCCACAUCAUUAGCUAAACACAGAAGGAUGGCUAACGCAAGAUACCACAAUAAUCAUUCCAGUCAAAUGACUCAUUCAAUGAAUAAUUCUGUGCCAAAUAGUCCAAAUGAGUCGGAUCUUGGCCAAAAAGCUUAUGGAGCAGCAUCUUUAACUACAUCUCCUGAAUGUGCCACCAGGAGACUGGGUGAUACUACUUCCAACACAAAUAAUUCCUCUGGAAACUAUGUUAGGAACAGCAGGUCCGAGGACCAACUACAAGGACAAAACUAUGAUAUUGAUGAACGGUCCUCCAAUGCUGAAGGUAAUGAAGAUAUGACUUCUUCAUUGAAUACCCUUCUGGAUACUGCUUCCGACAACACAAACGUCAGUGAUGACAGUGAUAGGAUUGUAUGGACAUACAAUGCGCCAAUAAGUGAAAACGCCAAACACUCACAUCAGCUGUCAAAUGGCAGCAAUUCCUCACACAGCAACUCCUCCCCAACUUCUCUGAGUCCUCCUCAUUCAGAAUCUCCAGCCUCACCAACAUCUGUGUCUUCCUCGGUAAUGUCCAGCCAUUCUGGAUCUAGAAAACUACCUUACUCCCUAAACAAUUUACCGCUUCACUCAGUCAACGAUGCAAGCAUGUCGGAGGCAAUCUCCAAUAUUUCGAGUCCUGAUUACCAUGACGAUGACAGUAUGGGAAUACGUGAUUGUAUUAUGGAAAUCAGUGAUCCAAGUGAUAGUGAUAGUACACUUUUAGUUUCGGAACCUUACCAAAGGCGUCGUGGUAGUGAUAAUGAUCAUCGAAUCGUUAUACAAGUGAAGGGGCCUGACAAAAGUUGUUUCAGAGAGAAACAGAUUGAGAACAAUAUUCCUUCUCAAAAUGGAUAUGAGAUAAAUUGUGAUCUAAUGGAACAAAAUUUAGUAGACUAUGAUUCAAAUUGUGAUAUUAAACGAGAUUCAUCUCCUACAUUAAUGGAAGAUGACAGUGAUAUAGAAAGCCUGCAUAGUUUUCAUUAUUCUCCUAAAGCAGUGGAUGUUCCAUCAGCAAUACGGUUAGCCAAGAGAUUAUAUAGUUUAGAUGGUUUUAAAAAAUCUGACGUUUCAAGACAUUUGAGCAAAAACAAUGACUUCAGUAAAGCUGUAGCUGAAGAGUACUUAAAAUAUUUCGACUUCGAAAACGAUACAUUGGAUGCAGCUUUGAGAAAAUUUUUAAAACAGUUUUCUUUAACUGGCGAAACACAGGAAAGAGAAAGAGUGCUGGUUCACUUUUCCAAAAGAUAUCUUUUCUGCAAUCCUGGUUCCUUCAAUUCACAAGAUGCGGUACAUACCUUGACAUGUGCAAUUAUGUUGCUCAACACUGAUCUCCAUGGACAGAAUAUCAAUAGGAAAAUGACAUGUAAUGAAUUUAUAGAAAAUUUAGCUGACUUGAAUGAAGGAAAAAAUUUCCCUCGAGAAGUUUUGAAACAAAUUUAUCAUUCUAUCAAAAAUUACCCAUUAGAAUGGGCAUUAGAUGAGUGUACAUCACCAGCUCAAAAUAAAGUCCAUGAACACAUUCCAUAUGGAGUUAAUCCAUUUUUAGAAGUUCCUACCAAUAUGAGUGCAGUGGAAUACAAGAAAGGCUAUGUGAUGAGGAAAUGUUGCUUCGAAACAAACGCUAAGAGAAGCCUUUGCUGCGUUUUUUUAGCGCCGUUCCACAAGCGUAGUUGGAAAAUGUUCUACUGUACUCUGAGGGAUCUGAUGCUAUUCCUCCACAAAGAUGAGAAUGGAUUCAGAAAAAAUGAAAUGAGCGACAAUCCACAUAACGCAAUCCGGAUACAUCAUGCACUAGCUACAAGAGCAUCUGAUUACAUCAAGAAGCAGUAUGUUUUCAGGCUACAAACAGCAGAUCAAGCGGAAUAUUUGUUCCAAACAAGUGACUCGAAGGAACUACAGUCUUGGAUUGACACAAUCAACUUUGUGUGCGCAAGUUUUUCUGCUCCACCAUUAGAAGCGGCCGUAGGUUCUCAGAAAAAAUUCCAAAGACCACUCUUGCCAUCUAGUCUUACGAAGUACAAUUUGAGGGAACAAUUGAGAGAUCACGAGGAGAGAGUAACUAGACUUGAAGCAGAAUUAGAUGAACAUAGGCGAUGCCAACCCGAAAAGGGGUCGAAAUCUUUAGUCAUACAAAAUUAUAAAGAGAAAGAAAACUAUCUCAAUUAUGAGGUGAAAAGAUACAGGACAUAUGCUUACAUCCUAAGAAUAAGAAUUGGUCAAUAUCAAGAAGUGACUGAUUUGAAAGAAAAUAGUAUAGGUGAGCUGGACGAGGCAAUGGGUGUGACAUUGAUGGACGAGACAAGCGCGUUAGUCCCCCCUCCCAUACCUGACAGAAUGUCGCCUUCAACAAACAGACAUAGUUAUAGACAAGCCAUCUACAGUAGAAAUACAAUCCACAGUGAAUCUGAAAAUGGUUAAUGAAACGAAGGAACGCCUUCGAAAUCAAUUAUAGUCACGUGCAAUUAUUGAAACAUUGUGGCAUAAAGGUUUCAAUUGAGUUUUCAGGGAACUACAUGAUUUAUUUAUACAAAUUUUAUGCAUAUUAUAUAGUAGUCGAUUUUAAAUUGAGAAGCCAACGCAUUCAUCACUUCAGAUUUUUAUAUUGAUUUUUGAACCUUCCAUGAACUCUCCUUUGAACUUUUUUGUUACAAAAUAGUUGGGAGGAACCAUUUUAAAUAUUGAUAUAUACCUGUUUAUUUAAUUUUAUAUAUACAUCUAAAAUAUUGUUUUAUUAUUUAAAAAUAAACUAUUGUAAAUUGGCAGUAUUAAUAUUUAGUUUUACUUAAAAGAGGAUCAAAUGAUUAGUGUUUGAAAUGUUAUAAAGUUGUUGAUUGAGCAAAUUGCUCUAAAAUGAUAGUUUAAGAAAUAAUAAAACUGUAUUGAUUCGAGA